UGUGAAAGUACUAUUUACUCUACAAUGGUGAGGAGUCCUCAUCAAAAUCAAAAAAUCUCAUUUCUUUUACAGGACCCAGAUGCUAUACAGUGGGAAAACCAGCCUGGCAACAUAGUGCGUAUUAAUAAAAGGACACCACAUCCUGCCAAAUUCCAGCUGCGCUAAUUGUAUUGUGUUCACAGAGCUCACAAGCUAUCAGAAAGUUGUAUGGCAACCACCUCCGGCGCCAAAUAGAACUGGCAGACAUAGACAUUCAGUACAAGAAGAAAAAGAUGGAAAAUCUUGCACUGGAGUCCGAAAUAAAAAAGAGGACAAUUAGGAAACUGGACCUUGAAAUAAAAAAACUUGAGAGGGAGCUCCAAGAAGAUGACACAGCUCAAAUAAAAAUUAGGUAUAUUCUCGUCAAGUGAGCCAUGACAUAUGAGCUCUUAUUGUGAGCACACAGGACGGUGGCAUCUUUCUAAGGUUUUUAUUUUCCCAGCAAUCAGUACAACCAAGUCAUCGUUAUAAGGCAUCGCCCUCUUUUGCCCACCCCCCAGCACCAGGUGUGGCCACUAGCCUAUAUGAAGGCCCAAAAUUGUGUGUUCCUUUCUGCUCUGACAAUGGCAUGCCCAUUCGUGCGAGAUGUGGUGGAUGAAGAAGCACUUGUGCUGAGGAGAGCCUUCAGGCGAGAAAGGGUCUUCAGGGACCGGUUGGACCCACUGGCCUUCCCUGACGACCAUCUAUAUGAAAGAUACCUGAUGCCAUCUGCAGAAAACCUGUAUCUAUGCAGACUACUGGGUCCCAGGAUUAAGCACCGCACUGCACGGAGCCAUGCACUGAGUGUGGAGCAAAUGGUUUGUGUGGCCUUGCGCUUUUUUGCUAGUGGAGCCUUCCUGUACUCAGUGGGGGAUGCAGAACAGCUGAACAAGGCCACAAUUUGCCGCACAAUAAGGAGUGUGUGUCUGGCUAUCAAAGCAUUAGCAGAUGUCUUCAUCUCCUUCCCUGGCCACAGAAGACUCUGUGACAUCAAAGAGGAGUUCUAUAGGAUUGCAGGUUUCCCCAAUGUCAUUGGUGCAGUGGACUGCACACACAUAGGAUAA